GACACUUAACUUUUAAAUAUAAUCGCUGAAUCAGGUUACAUAAUUAUAAUAAUGAUUCGAAAUUAUUUUUUUCCAAAAACCACAAAUUCAAACAUUUAACAUCACCUAACUAUUAUAAUAGACUUCGAUUCAACCGUUAAAAGGAAACAAUGAAUGUCAUAUUCGAAAUGCUGAAAUGUCGACCAGUGCUGUAUAAUAAUGAACGUGUUUUGAAACUAGUUCUCCAGCAGCCUUAUAUAUAACAUAGUAUAUAAGCCAUAAACAAUAUUUACAUUAAUCUUAGCGAAUUGCGGAAUUUUUUAAAAAGACAGAGAGACAAUAGCUAUAAAAGCAUAGUCGCGCUGAAGUUAUCUGCGAAAGCUAUUGUCAACUAAAUUAGUUAACAAAAUGCAAAUUAAAUGCGUAAUAUUGCAAGCGCUUUUCAUCUUUUCAUCAAGUGUUUGGUAUGUGAGCGGCCAAGCCUGUAAUGUCUGUCAGAGCAAUAGCGCAGCGUGCAUUAACGAAACAUCAUUUUAUCUAUGCUUUGGAGGCACCGUACCCAUAACGGACCAGAUAUUUCAUUGCGCUGAUGGACUCAUCUGCUCGGAUUUACCCAAUAUUUGCUUCCAGAGCAAUGGUGCCUCUGCAAGCUGCGGUGAUACGUCUAGUUGUGGAUUGUGCAAUGAAAAUCAAGUAUUCGCUUGUACGAGUCGCAACACGUUUGCAUUUUGUUUUGGUGCAACACGACCCACUGAUGUGACUGGCAGCUGUCCGACAGGGCGACUAUGUGACGCAUCAACGCAGAAUAUAUGCGUUAUAGAAGUGCAGAGCACGUCAAUUAUUUGCAAUUUGGAUAGUCCGGUAGCAACAAGCUUCGCAGAUAAUGCAACAAUGUUUUAAAACUUGUAUCCUGUCAAUGAAUAAAAUUAUACAAAUUUCUAUUUUAUCUAUAUAAA